AUGACGGGGACUGCUGAUGAGUGCAACCUCACUUGCCAUGCAGGCACCCUUCGUGGCAACCUUGAGGGGGCUGCUUACACGUCCUUGUUUCUCUUGGGAUUCCUUGUCAAUGCUGCAGCUAUGUACGCCUUCAUUGCCAGACAGGGCCCCCGGACAGAUACCCACGUCUACAUGUUCAACCUGGUUAUAGCUGAUUCUGCCCUCAUCCUCUUCCUUCCCUUCAGGAUCUAUGAUGCCUUCUUCUGCCUGAAGAUUUGUGGCUUGUGUACUUUCCUCAUAUCCCUACAUUACAUUAACAUGUAUGCCAGCAUCCUGACCACUACAGCCAUCAGCGUCCACCGCUACCUGGCUGUAAGGUUUCCACUGCAGGCCAGAUCGUGGAGAAAGAAGAAACAGGCAGCUAUUUUUGUAUGUUUGGUCAUUUGGGGAUUCUUGGUGAGCAUAUCUGUAGGAUUCCGAGACAACUUUGAGUCUAGAAAUCUCUGGAUGUGUUAUGAAAGAUUUCCGUGCAGUGCACUUCCUGCAAAUUUUGUUAUUCUUAUUAUGUCUCUGGGCUACCUCGCCCCACUGUUGAUCAUUGUGUUCUGUUCCAGUCAGAUCAUCUUUACUUUGUUCAAGACGGAUGAAAAGACAGAGGAAAUGAAAAGCACCGUUGCCAUAGUAACAGCAAACAUUAUUGUGUUCAUUGUCUGCUACACACCGUUCCAUGUUGCCAUUCUUGUGAAAUACUUCCAUUCAGACUGCCUGUGUCUGCAUGAAAUUCCUGAUCAAACAUAUUUAGCUGUGUCUGAAUGGCUUGCUGCCACAAACUGCUGUUUUGAUGCCAUCAGCUAUUAUUUUUUACUGAAACGGUUUUAUACACAAACCAUUCAGAGUGGAGGAAUUUCCAUCAUGCAAGACAGCAGCCUUUAG